UCACGUGGGUUCCAGCAAGUUUCCGUGUUUACAGAGCUCAGACUGUAGUGGCGUGUCGGUGUUGAGUUUCAGAAGAGGAUGCUGUGCGGUCAUGGCGUUUUUAAAGACACAAGAACGAACUAAAGAAAGGUUUUCUCUCUUGUUGCUGGAUUUGGAGGAAUAUUAUUUUGAGCAGCACACUGCGUACCACGGGACAAGCACUUUAAAAAAGGAGAGAAAAAUCAGAGGUUCAUUCAAGAUUUGUUCCAAAUCUAUCAUAUUUGAUCCAGAGGAGCUUGCAGAGCCGAUUAUAAAGAUUCCUCUGCGAGAUUGCAAGAAGAUUGAGUUUGAGGAGGAAGAGAAGAACCCUUUUAAUGAGCCUAGGCCAUCAGCAAUAUCUGUUUUAUGCAGGCAGGUUAUUUACAUCAAGGAAAGCAAUGUUAUCGCGCCUUACAGAAAUGAGAGGGAAGAAAAGAAGCUGACCUUUCAGUUAGAAGUUUGGAGUAAAACGGAGGAUGUUGUCCAGACGAUACUUCAGCUCCACAGGGCUUCCUGUUUGGAAAAACUUGGGGACCAGACUGCAAUGAUUGCUGCCAAUCUGCAAUCACGAAUGGCAAGGUCUUCAUUUGACAAAAACUGCUUUCAGAGUGUUACUGAGAUGCCUCACAUGGAGUGUGCAGUGGAGAUGGUCAUGCCUCUGGUGUGCAAUCCAGGCCAUGUCUGUGUAACAAAUAAAAACCUCUACUUCCAGCCUCUCAAUGGAUAUCCGGAAAAUGUGAUUCAAAUAAAGCUGCACGAAGUCAGGAGAAUCUACAAAAGACGGAAUGGCCUUAAACCCCUUGGUCUGGAGGUUUUCUGUUCUGAGAACGACUUCUGUUCAGACAUAUACCUGAAGUUUUACAGCACGGCCGACAGAGAUGAAAUCUACUACUACAUCGCAAGUUUCCUGGAGAACCACAUGACCGAACACACAGCAGAGAGUUACAUGUUGCAGUGGCAGCGCGGCCAUCUCAGCAACUACCAGUAUCUCCUCCACCUGAACAACCUGGCUGACCGCAGCUGCAACGACCUCUCGCAGUAUCCCGUCUUCCCCUGGGUCAUUGCUGACUAUGCCAGCACGCGAUUAGACAUGACUAACGCUGACACAUUCAGAGACUUGAGCAAACCUGUGGGAGCCCUGAACAAAGAGCGACUGGACAGGCUGCUGGCUCGCUACAGAGGUAUGCCUGAACCUUGCUUCAUGUACGGCAGCCAUUACUCAUCUCCAGGCUACGUCCUUUUUUACCUCGUCAGAGUCGCUCCAGAGCACAUGCUGUGUCUCCAGAAUGGCCGCUAUGACAAUGCUGAUCGAAUGUUUAAUAGCAUAGGUGAAACGUGGAAAAACUGCUUGGAGGGAGCAACUGACUUCAAGGAGUUGAUCCCAGAGUUUUAUGGAACUGACUUCAGCUUCCUGGAAAAUGCACUGAAUCUUGAUUUGGGAAGAAAGCAGAAUGGAAGUUUAGUUGGUGAUGUUGUUCUCCCACCGUGGGCCACAGACGCCAGUGAUUUUCUGGAAAAGCAUAGGGCCGCCCUGGAGAGUCAGUAUGUGUCAGAACACCUUCACGAGUGGAUCGACUUGGUGUUUGGCUUUAAGCAGAGAGGCAGUGAAGCUGUGGCAGCUCACAAUGUGUUUCACCCACUGACCUAUGAGGGAGGGAUCGACUGUGACAGCAUUGAGGACACUGAUCAGAGAAUCGCCAUGCUGACACAGAUCCUGGAGUUUGGCCAGACGCCCAAACAGCUGUUCACCAGCCCUCACCCUCAGAGGAUCACCCCGAGGUUUCAGAACAUUACGCGAAGCCCCAGCAUCAACGCGCCUGAUGGCGAACUCUCUCCAGCCUCUCAGGGUGAGGACUCGUCCUUCGAAGAUCUCACUGAGGAGGGCAGGAAGUUGGCCUGGGCAAACAUGGAAAGUUUGAAACCCAUUUCCAGCUGCAAGAUCCAUAAAGAAGCUGUGACGGGCAUUGCUGUGUCGCAAGAUGGAUCAGCUAUUUUCUCCACAUCUCAAGACUCAACACUUAAAAUGUUUUCCAAGGAGCUGAAAGACUUCCAGAGAAGCAUGUCCUUCUCUAACAUGGCAUUGUCAUCAUGUUUAAUACUGGCAGAUGGUAAAACUGUGGUCUGUUCUUCGUGGGACAACAAUGUUUAUUUCUACUCCAUCCCGUACGGCAGGCGGCAGGACACUCUGAUGGGUCAUGAUGAUGCUGUCAGUAAAAUGUGUUGGUUUGAUGACAGACUCUACACAGCAUCCUGGGAUUCCACCGUCAAGGUCUGGGAGUGUGCUUCUGAAAGCUUAUCCACUCACAAGAGAUCCCAGUUUAAUUUGCUGGCUGAGUUGGAACAUGAUGCUGGGGUGAAUACGGUGGGUUUGAAUCCAGCUGGGACUCUGCUGGUGUCUGGCUGUAAAGAUGGGACCGUCACCAUCUGGGACACCAGCAGCUACGGAGCUCUGCAGCAAGUCCACUGCCAUGCUGGGACCAUCCACCACACAGCUUUCAGUCCUGAUAGCCGACACGUUCUCAGUGUCGGUGCCGACUCCUGCAUGAAGGUUGUCGACGUCCAGACGGGAAUGGUGAUCUCCUCUGUGAAAGCUGAGGAGGAGCAGAGGUGUUUCUGCUGGGACGGAAACUCGGUGCUGUGUGGGGGAAAGUCUGGUGACCUCCUUCUGUGGGACCUUCUCACCAACACGGUCACCAAGAGGAUCUCUGCACACUCAGGCGCUGUCACAGCCAUGUGGAUGAGUGAGCUGUGCACCACAGUGAUCACAGGCGGAGAGGACCGACAGGUAAUCUUCUGGAAGCUCCAGAGUUAAAGUUCAGACUCUGCUGGGGAGAUAAAGACUCAGUGCAAUAUACUGGACAACACAAGCCAAGUAUCCUGCUGACUGCCUUUGAAAAGAGACUCAUGAAAACACACUGUAAAUGGACAGCGUCUCAGAGGAGUCGGCGGGGGACGACUGCAAAGUCUCAGAACUGUUUUUAAUCCGAAACCAAGCAAAAGGUCACAUGCAGUCUUGUUAGUCGUCAUUAUUAUUCGCAUAUUUGGAGAAAAUGUCCAUUCGCAGUUUUGUGCAUGAGAGAAGGAAGCAGGCGUGUACAUGCCUGAUAUUUUUCCCUUCUGUUUGUAGCCCGUUAUACUUAUGUGUGCCCCAAUUUAUUAAUUGUUAUACAUCAUGUUGCUGUGCUCUUUCUGACCUCCCUCCACAGCUCCUUAAAGGAUGCAGCAGUUAUCGUUAAUGGAUGGAUGGUACACUGCUUUUUGUUGUUUUUUUAAAAUAAGCAGUCAUGUUUCACUUGCUUUAUAUGCAUUUUAAGCUUGUGCAUUUUCAAUUUACAGUGUCUAUCAGAGCUUUAUGGUGCUCAGGUAUUACUAUAAUUAUUAAAUCAUGGUUGC